CAUUGGUAGAGGUGAAACACCCCGUACGUGUUGCUUCCUGUCUUUUGCAUUUUAUUCAUUCAUUCAUUCUUGUUGCGAGGUGAAAAGUCGGCACAUUUUACUGCAGGAACGCCAAAUCCUGGACUUUGUCUCAAGGGACUCUCAGCCUGCUCUCCCUCCUGUGGCCUUCUCCAGCUCUUCUGACAAACCCUACUCUCCUGCUCACAGUUCCCACACAGAGAACCAUGGCCCAGCAACAACAGAUCAGCCUCCCAGCCAAACUCAUCAAUGGAGGGGUAGCAGGCAUGGUGGGAGUCACCUGUGUGUUCCCCAUUGAUCUGGCCAAGACACGCCUGCAGAACCAGCGCAGCGGGCAGCAGCUCUACAAGAACAUGAUGGACUGCCUCAUUAAGACUGUUAGAUCCGAAGGUUAUUUUGGCAUGUACAGAGGAGCUGCUGUAAAUCUCACCCUGGUGACCCCCGAGAAGGCCAUCAAACUGGCUGCUAACGACUUCUUCCGCCACCAGCUGAGCAAAGAUGGUGGCAGGUUGACCGUGUUUAAGGAAAUGCUGGCAGGCUGCGGUGCGGGAAUGUGCCAGGUCAUUAUCACUACACCCAUGGAAAUGCUCAAGAUCCAGUUGCAGGAUGCUGGCAGGCUCGCGGCCCAGCAGAGGCUGAUGCCCGCUAUGGUAACCACUCUGAAGUUGGGGGGAACCAGUGCUGUUCUUAGCCGCUCCUACAACGCCAACCCUGCCCCUCAAGUCACCCGAGUGUCAGCUACUCAGAUCACCAGAGAGCUCCUGAGGACAAAGGGAGUCACAGGGCUGUACAAGGGACUGGGUGCCACGCUGAUGAGGGACAUCCCGUUCUCAGUUGUGUACUUCCCACUUUUCGCCCACCUGCACCAAUUCGGGCAGCACUCACCAGAGAACCCAACCGUGCCCUUCUAUUGGUCCUUCAUGUCUGGCUGCUUGGCGGGAUGCACCGCCGCCGUGGCCGUGAGCCCCUGUGAUGUGGUCAAGACAAGGCUGCAAUCCCUCAAAAAAGGAGCCAAUGAGGAAACCUAUAAUGGCGUGGUGGACUGCAUUAGUAAGAUCCUGAGGAAGGAGGGUCCUGGGGCCUUCCUGAAGGGGGCCACUUGCAGAGCCCUCGUCAUUGCUCCUCUCUUUGGCAUUGCCCAGGUUGUCUACUUCGUGGGAGUUGGAGAGUUCCUGUUAGGUUACACCCCCUACAAUAUCUACUCUGCCUAAACCAGCUUCUUGGUCUACUGUUUCAUUAAAUGACAGGCAGCUAUGGCUUGGGCCUAGCUUUGGACCCAGCUCUUUGUUACUGUCUACUGUAUUUACUGUAGGAGGUUCUCAGAGUGAAAACGUGCCAAGGGAGCAAGAUAGCUACCAUUUUAUUUCAAAAUCUAUCUGUAGCGUGUCUCUCUUGCUUAUUUGUUAGUCUGAGAUUGAAACUGCACUCAUCUUUAUGGGCUUUAAUGGAGCUAUUGGAAGAAAAAAGGGCAGAAAUAAGAGUUGUCCAUUCCUCCUCAAUUUUCCCUCAAUGAGGGAUGUGAUUAUCUAGCUUUGCCCACUGUACUUGCCCCAGUUUAAAUUUACUCUUCUCUGUGGCCCCCAUCCUUUCGCCCUUAUUUUUUGCUUCGAUUUAGACCCUACCUCCAAAUGCACUCCAUAUCCCUUACCCCUUACUGUAACCCUAACCCAUGAAUCCUUCCAGCUGCCCCAUCACAGCACCCACUAGAUGUUGGCUGUCACAGAGUGAAAGCAGAGAGAAGGAAAGUGUGCCAGCAGGGUCUACUGUACCACAUAAAAGCAGAUGCAGAUCAUCAGAGGUUUACUUGAACAACUCCAAUCCUGUUUUAAAGGGUUAUGUAUACCAAUGGGCGAUUAAUGUUGAUGUUUUCUAUGUAUAUAGUUGUUGUUGUUGUUGUUUUUUAAUAUAGACAGGACUUGGUAAAUAACUGUUUUCAUAAAUAAAUGCCCCUUAGGAUCAUCUCAAUAACCUGUUUGCCCAAAGAGAACUUGAAAUCAGACUGUUUUCAUAUAAAAGACACACUGGGACUUUAUGUCCAAUGUGUCUAUACAGUAUUAUACAAGUGAUUGGUGUUGCAUCACCUUCUGGCCUACUUCAUCUGUUCUGAUUUAGCUACAUUGGUUUAUAAAUAGUAGGUCACAAGAUGCUUUCUGGUAUCUAUAUUUUAGACGAGAGGACUUGGGGUUGAGGUGUUUCAGAUUUGGAGGCUUCAAGAGAAGUACUCUGUACUGUGAAUCUUCUUCAUGGCAGGCUACACACAGUUCUGCUUAUGAAACAAAGACGCUUAAGUUCCUCAGACAGCUGAAUAAGGCAUUAUGUAGCUGCCUUUUGAAAAUUUUAUGGUGACAAAGAUGUGAAUUGAACUCCUUUUUCAGUACGCUCCUGUGACUGAAGUAAGUCAAGAUGUUUCAUUUUAAAAGUAAGAGGCGAGGUGUUAAACUGCUGUGAUGAUGAACAAAACUCUUUUUACCUUCUGGGACUUGCCGUGCUUUUGGGACCAAGUCUACUGAAAAUUGCGCAACAUAACCUGUUACACUUCAUUAUUUUCUCUUAGCAGACUGUGGUUGUCUGUGAUGAGUGAGCUUGUUCCCAAUAAUUGACAUGCAUGAGCUCAUGAUAAGAUCAUGUUUAAGCAUUAUGCAGGGGAACGGUGCAAUGCAGGGCUGCUUUCUUCAUGUUUUGGGAAACAUUUUCCAAGUCUGUGUCCUUACUACUCUAAAGUAUUUUGAUAUAUAUGUGUCUGACUACUGUAAUUAUAUAUGUACUUUUUUUUUUUUCUAUUUUCUUGAAGUACAAAAUGAAUUUCAACACAUUGGGAAGUGUAGUGAAAACAGCUUUGUGCAGCUAAAUAUAAAACACCUAUAGGUCUGUUGUAACCACUGUUACCAGCUGAGGACCACUUCAAGAAUAUUGGCUUCCCAAUUGUGACUAACAGCCCUCCAGAUGAGACUAUUCUUUUUCAAUGGAUUAUAUUAUAUUAUAUUAUAUUAUAUUAUAUAAGUCUCACUGUAAGAU